GCCGGGGAUGGAUAGUCUCUGCCAUAGGACUGAACAACCUUCAGACAGGAAUCAACAAAGAGACGCCGAAUGAUAGCGCCCUUCCUUUUCUCUCCCAGCAAGUCAGGAAGGAAGGCUUUUGCUUGCUUCCCGCCUCUUAGUUAUUUCCUUAAGAACUCCCCCCCCCCCUCUUGGCUGCAUAAUGGUUCAGCCCUUCGCGUUUCGGGUCAAAGUUCCCCAGCGAGAACCGUUGCCCCGCGAACUCGUCUGGCCGGAGUUAGUUGGGGCUUAGAGGCGGGGUGGGUUGUGCUGGGCGCAUGGCGUUGCCAGGUGGAAAUAAGGAUAAUAUCAGGGCAGGGUGCAAGAAAUGUGGCUAUCGUCAUCUGACAUUUGAGUGCCGAAACUUUCUCCGUGUAGAUCCCAAAAGAGACAUUGUUUUAGAUGUGAGUAGCACAAGCAGUGAAGAGAGUGAGGAAGAGGAGCUGGAGAAACUUCAUGUCGUUCCAGAAAAGCAGGGUAUUCCUGAUGAAGAAGAAAAGAAAAAGAUCCAAAAGAAGAGCAAGGAAAAAUCAAAGUUAAAGAAAUCAAGAAAAAGAUCUCAUUCUUCAAGCAUCACAGAAGAUGAUGAACCUAAAUCAAAAAAGCAGAAAUCCCAUAAAAAAGAGAAGAAGAAAAUGAAAAAGAAUAAAUCUAAGAAAAGAAAACAUCACAAAAAGGGAGGAAAAAAACACAAAAGAGGAAAAGAUUCAUCUUCUGAUAGUUCAGAUUCUUCCAGCAAUGAUUGAAAAACAAGACUUAGGUUGAUUUACGUCAAUCCUAGUUCAAAUUAUAAUGCCAUAAGAUAUAUACUCCUUAAUAAUUUAUUUUAAACAUCUCUUUGUAUUUAAACUUUUUUUGUGGGACGGGGGAAUUAAGGUUUUCAUUCUCCUUUAUGGGUGUCAUUCUUUAUUUGUACUUCAUGAUUGAAAAUUGUUUGAGAGAUUAAAAUGUAAGAAGUAAUUUUUAUUUCUAAGAUUUUAAUCUCUCAACGAUUACAAAUUAUUCACAAACAAAAUCCGGUAAUUUUAGUAGUAACGUCCUAUGGUCUUUUAACACUUCUCAUAAUCAAUGGGCACAUGCAAGAGAUUGCUGUUCCACAGAUUCCAGAUCCCAUUUAUUUCCAUUAUAGGUCCCAGAACGAGAAGAAAAAAACCUGCCCAAUUCCAUAGCAGGCAUUUAUGUCCCUUAACUGGGAACAGCUGGAGAAGUUCCACUUGCAUCAUCUUUGGGGUUCCAGUAGAAAACUAGCAGAGCAUGGAACCAGUAAUUUUCCCUCUUUUAAUUCUUUCUUCUGUCCCAUGGAAAUGUUUUGUCAUUGUGUUCUGUUAUUAAGAUACAUGUUCUUUUAUACGUUUUUAGUAAAACUAGAAGGGAGUAUGUAUCUUAGAAAACUUAGAAGCAUAAAAUCAUUGUUAGUUAUACGCUGAUGAUUCCAGAACUGAUUACUCUUCGAAGUGUACAGCAUGGAAUAGAAAGAAGUGUGAAGAUGUUGAAAGGCUGUUAUAGUACAUUAUAGGUACACAUGGUAGAAGCAUCUCUGGAUCAGGAUGUAAGUUUGUAUUUAAGAGUAAAUAUUGGGAAUUAAAUGAGCAAAGUGGACGUAGGUUUUUAAGCACCAAGUGAUUUUUUUCUAGUAAAAAAUCCUGUGUUUUGACAACUUGAAGAUGAAAACUAUUUUUAUGCUGCUUUUUUAUUUUCAUGUUGUUUCUUGCCAUUUAUUUGUAUAGAUAGUACAUACUUUUUGUUGGACCAAAGAAGUAAACCUGAUUGAAUUUGUAAACUAAAUGAUUGCUUGUUUGUGCUUAGUUUGCUAAAAAAAUAA